GUGACGUUUCGAGUGCGAUUCGCUGGGAAGGAUGCGGAUCUUGGGACCAGAUGUAGAUGCGGGGUAUUAAUCUUCUGAUCGAGAUCUGUCGAAAUCUCAAGCUGCGCUUCCCGUACUUUUGUCUGUAUCAGCUCCCUCCACGUUGCAGGCAGGGAGUUGUGCGUGGCAGAGGAGAACAACCAUUGUAGGUGUUUACAGCUGGUUAACUCGUCAUCACGUAAAUGAAUUCGGAUCGACUGAUGGAUGACUUCCUACCUCCUAUUGCACGUAACUAUAGGGUGGAAAGGUCUGCAAGAUUUGACGAAGACGGUGAUGUGCUUCGAGAGUCCACGAAACUCGGAUGCUAUUAUGACAUGCUGCAGAUGCUCAACAAUCCUGACUCGAGCGACAUGACGUUCAUGUGUCAGGAUGGGGUGAAAGUUUAUACUUGUCGACUUCUCAAGGUGCCCAAGAUCAAGGUCAAGGUCGAGCGUGCUAAAAACAUGCUCACAAAUGGCAUGGCAGAAUCCCAGCAAUCAGAGGUCGUCUUGCAUGAAAUCACCUCACCUGUGUUGCUCCUUAUUUUGGAGUACAUAUACACUGGAUGGAUCAUGCUAGAGUCCUUCGAAAGGCGGGCAAAAGUGUAUUUAUCUCGAACUCCUGAGGCAUGUUGGAAGACGAUGUUGCAGACCAUACGAGGGGCAAGGUUUUUCCUAUUGCAGACUGUGGAGGAUCUUAUGAUCCAGCAUCUCGUUCGUAUAGUCAAACUAGAUGCCAAAUUCAAGCGCAAACCUCGCCCAAAUCAAGUUGUAAAGGCAGCUCUGCGAUUGUCAUAUGCCGCGGAGGUCAUGGCAUCGGUCGGUGAUGACGAUAAAGAUUCCUCUGACUUGAGAUUCAUUUGCAACUCGCAGAUGAAAAUACUGCAAUUGGGAAAUGACACAGAAGGACCUGGUAGUGUUUCGGAUAAUCUUGGAAGCUUCUCUGCGAGGGGAUUCCAGUUUUUCUUGCAGAACUCUCAAAACUUGAAAGAGAAUGACAAUCGGACACUUUCGAUAGACGAGUACCAGCGAUUAAGGCAGGUUGUUCUGUGGUGCGCUACUCAAGCUCUGGAGCAUGGACAGCUUGAGGAUCUCACUUUGCCAACGGCGAAGUGUGCCCGAUCGUUGGUAAACACUGAUGCGGACCCUGGAUUGUCUGAUGUGCUGGUGCCUCCAUCGGCCGCAUUUUCUAAAGCCUGGGAAAGUGUAAAGGUGGCCUUAACGGAAAAACUCACCACAAUGUUUCUGUCGAUGGUUGAUCUCAAGCGUAUACAUCCGGAGAUAUUGAUAUACGUGAUCGAAGAUUUGGGCAUAUUCCCUAGUAAUGUGCUUGAGAGCGUAUUUCGAGUGCAAGCAUUGCCGAGAGCACGUCUCGAGAAGGAAAUCCGGAGACUGCGGCUACAGACUUCAAGCUAACAAGAUAUUAAACGAUCUGCGGCCCAUGGAUACGAACAAUGCAAUUGAAUACAAGAAGAGGAUUCCUCCUCAAGCUCGGCGUUCUUAGCAGACGCUUCGAAUUGGUAUGAACAUGACCGACACUUUCUAUAUAGCAAAGAGAUUGAGUUUGGAAUGAAGAUAAAAACUAAGAGAUUGUAUUCUUCCAGGUUGCUCAAUAGUUAACUUCAAAGAGUCUGAGGUUGUUUGGGUCAGAUGUUUCUGGGUCCUAGUUUUUGGAGAUUAAAUUUUGCUGAUGCUCAGCGGCGUGUAGACGAUGAGAUAGGCAUUCAUGUCUUCUUGAUUCGGAUUGCUUAUGAGUAUUACAUGCUGUUUCUUUUGGCAAAAUGUGUAGUAUUGAGAACGUGAUAUCUUAUUAUGCAUGAAACUGCUAGAAAAUUACUUUAUGGGGAGAUUAAUGAAUUUGUCACGAAAUCUAGGCAUACUCUGGUAUGUGACACAUGUGGCUCUUGCUUCCUUCAGUGCCUUGAUAGUAUUGAUGGUUUGCAACUUGUGAAUGACUACAGAAGUAUCAUGGGAGUAAAUGGCUUCUCCAUUAGUUCGUUGAUAAACGAAUAUACUAAAAUGACUUUAACUCAGGGAAAAACAAGUCAUUGCCACAAGAUACAGUUUGGAACCCCG